GGAUGCGGGACUUGGACUGAGAAGGAAAUCUCGAAGACAGCUAUCGUGGUCGCCAGUAGAUUGUUCAUUGAUCAGAGCCGGGUGAGAAUUUCAAAAUGACUAAAAAAAGAAAACAUCAAGAAGAUUUUCAUAAACUGAAAUUAAAAGUUGGGAAAAAGAAGCCUCGACUGGAAAAUGCAACUGACACAAAUUUCAGAACAAAGACUAUACAUCUUCCUGAGCAGCUGAGACAGGGUGGUAUACUUCCAACCAAUAAUAGAAAGCUUAAUAUAAAGGAUCUGCUUUCACAGAUGAAUCACUAUAGUGCAGGAGUUAAGCAAAGUGCACUUUUUGGACUCAAGGACCUUCUGUCUCAGUAUCCAUUCAUAAUUGAUGCUCAUCUUUCAAAUAUACUGAGUGAGUUAGCAGCUGUAUUUACAGACAAGGACUCUAGUGUGCGAAAAGCAGCAGUCUGCCUUCUUCAAUUCCUGGCUCCCAAAAUACGAGCUGAGCAUAUCUCUCCAUUCUUCCCUUUAAUGAGUGCUCAUCUUUCUAGCGCCAUGACUCACAUCAGUGAAGAAAUUCAGGAAGAUUCUCUGAAGGUAUUGGAUAUUUUUUUGAAGGAAUACCCUACUCUCCUUAGGGAUCGCAGUACUGUAUUACUGAAUAACUUUGUGGAACUUAUUUCUCAUCAACAAAUGUCAACACAGCAGAAAAGUAGAGAUAAAAUUAGUUGGAUAAUUUCUGUUAAUCCUAGCUGCAGAAUGAUGUCGCAACAAUGGAGGCUGAAUGUUCUAGUUAGACUCCAAAAAUUCCUCCAGAUCUUGGUAGAAGAUUCUAGUGUACUAGAAAUUGACAGUGAGGGGCAGAAAGAACGAACACAUAGUGUAGGAAUACAGAAGUCCUUAUGUGUCAAUUGGCAAGAACAUGCCGCCGGCGAACAGCAUAUCCAGUUGUAUGAAAAUGUAUAUCCUAAAAUCAAUUCAUUGUUUACACUAAGGUCUUUAAGCAUGACAAGUAGUGAUGAAAAAGGCCUGGCAUCUAUGAACAAUUUAAAAGGUUUCAUUCAAGUAAUAAUACCAUUACUACUUGAUUGUUGGAUUGAGGCCUCUCCUAAACAACUUUCAACUCCAGUUCUUGGAAAUAUUCUGGAAUCUGGAUCUCAGCAAAUUAUGGAGGCAGUACUUGGUAUCAUUCAUUUACUCUGGAAGCUUGCAAAACAAAACAAAGAUCCAUAUGAAAUGGAAAUAUGGCUUCGAGCAAAUUACCUGAUCGAUUUCAAACACCAUUUUAUGUGUUAUUUCCCUUACUCUUUCCAAGAAACAAUCAAACAGAGAAAAAAAGAUCAUUUGAAAAGCAACAAAUACCAUAGGACAUCUUCAAACAAUAUUGAUCACCUUUUGCUGAAUUUAACUUUAUGUGAAAUCAUGGUCUCACUAGCAAAUACUUCAACACUGCCUACGGAUGCCCAUUGGCUGGACUUGAUUAGAAAGUUUGUGAUAGAAACUCUUCAGGAUGGUUGUAAAUUAAUCAGUAAGCAGUUGAACAAAUUGCUCAGAGUGACUUGGAGACUUUUAGAAAUCCAGCUAAACAAAGCAGCAACAGAAACUUUGAUGAAAGCAGUCUACACAUUUUAUCAGCAAAGGAAUCUUCCUUUUCCUGUACGUACAUUACUUUUGAAUUUUUUUGCCAGAGUUUAUCAAAAGGAAGAGAUGAACCUACAUAUAAAUAGAAGCCAAAGUAAAGUAUUAACUUGCUGGCUGGCUGGUCUGCCUCAACAGCUUGUUCUUCUUGGCUUAAAAAAUCCUGAACUUUCAGAGCAAUUGAUUGGUAUUAUUUAUUCUGCUGCAUCUCGGGCGAACAAAGAAAUUCUACAGAGUUUACAGGCUGCUGCUCCUAUGAUAUAUGAUCCACUAGAUGGCGCAAUGGUUCUUCUGCCACCUGAAUCCCAGCAACAUUUAGUCCAGCUACUUUACUUUGUGCCUCAUUUACCAAACGAUCUCCUUGCUGCUCUCAGCCGCUGUUGCAUUAUGGGAAAACUGUCUGUAAAGUUAACCAGCACUCUUAUUAGGAUACUGCGUAUAAGAUCCUCCUUUGUGGCAUGGAAAUAUCCAGCACAGGGCAGUUCAGUGACUGACAUGGGUUACUUCAGCUUUUUGUUUUCAACUCUUACAGGCUUUUCCAGUGAAGAGUUGAGUAAUCUUCAGAGCAUUAGGGGAAAACCACACAUAAACCAAACACCUCUCUCUCCUGUCCAACUCUAUUUAACAGAUUUUGAACAAUUUUCAUAUCAUUGGACUAUGGCAGAGGUAGUGAGCCAAUGCCUGUCCACUAUUCCUUCACGAAGCCAGUGCAUUGAUGUUUUACAAAGUGGAAUAUGCAAAUAUCUGGUAGGACUGACUGUAAUACCUGAUAGCACUGCUGGUGCUAUUUUAUGUGCUCUUAGUAAACUACUGGAUCAAGUAUAUGUCCUUAAUGAAAGUAUUUCCAGAUUCCUAGCUUCUUUGUGUUAUAGUCUUCUCUAUCUGCUCUUAACAAUAGAGAGGGAGGAUACAGAACACAUUCAGAAGAGGGAUGUACUGUGGAGUUCCUGUAUCUCAAUUCUAAGCACCUCACUUCAAAUCUUGAGAGUGAUGUUGCAGACUCUUCAAGUGAACCAAGCCUCCCGGGAUGAAUUGCCUGUUCUUGCUCAGCUUCUUUGUUUGCUAAUGCAACACAGGCAGCUUCAGACUCAUAUGAAGACCAGUGAGUUCCUGGUGAAACAGAUUGUCAAAGAUAUCAUGGUCUUGAAAAGUGAUGAAGCUCAAGAGCAGUGGUUGACAGACCUCCAUUACAAUUUUAAUAUAUAUUUAGCCACUCAUUCUCCAGGAUCUGGGGUAGUCAAUACACUAUAUUAAAGAGAAUAUUUGGUUGGAAUCUCUUGUAUAAAUAAAAAGUCCUUUUUGUGGAAAUUAAAAAUGCAUUUUAUACAAUCUCUGAUUUGUGUAAAAAAUGUUGCUCUUUACAUUUGAUAUUAACAUUUAAAAGUUACCUGAUAUAAAAUGAAGUAAUACAAUAGCUUAAAGCAAACGAACAAUCAUAUGCAAAUGUUGAGAAACAUAUCGAGAAAUUUUACUUACUGUGAAGAACAGGGAACAGUUUAGUUGUUGCUAUUAAGUUGGUAUACCUGAGUCUCAGCAUUAUAUUGCUUAAUAUGUUA